AAAAUAUGAUGUUCCAAUAAUUCUUCCAUAAUCAUGGAUAGUUCAGAUGAGAUGGAGGUUGGAGAUGAUACCCAUCUCACUGUCAAUGAUGGAAUGGAGGUAAUUCCUGGAAUGCAGCCCACUAACAGACGACCUCACCUUCAAUAUUCUCCCCCUGCUUUGAAGGCCAAAGGAAACAAUGCAUCAGGUUGUGAUGUGGCAAGUCCACAGAUGACCUCAAAAGGAGCACCACCUGAAGUUAAUACCACUGCAGAAAACUCUACUGUUAUAUCUGCAUCUCCUGUUACAUGGAGCUUCAAUUUCUCUCAGAAUUUUGUUAGCUUCAAUAAAAGUUCUUUUUCUAUCAAUAAAAAACAUUCAAACAAUUCACUUGCAAAAACUCAGACAGAUGACUCUUCAGACUUUAUGAAUGUUAAGAGUAAGCAGUGUGAAGCUGUGAAACCCAUUUGCAAUUCAACUAAAGAGGUAGAGCCAAUGGCUAAAAAUGCUUCAAAGCUCUCGAGAAUGAAACAAAUUACACACAUAGCUUCCAAAGAUGCCUCCACCAGUAGCAAGCAUCACAUUGACAAACCCAUACUACCAGCAGGAGCUUGUCACAUGCUAUAUUAUCAGGGAGCUUGCAAGAGCACAUCUUGUGUAAACUACCAUCAACUUCCGACGACGCGAGUGGAGCAGUUUUUGGGCAAGUUUAUCUUGUACUCGUUGCUCCACACUGACCAAAAUCAAUGCGUUUGGUCACUGUUGACUGCCCAUUCGUCCAGCCACUCCCGCACUGAACCGCUUUUUGUUUUGCACGUCUUGCGUCACGUUGCUCAGUAUCUCAACAGCGUCCCUACUGCAUCUACCGGUACUAACUUUCAGGUACCGUCUCAGUUUGCUUUCAUCCUUGACUGCGCGCGAGUGUGCGAUUGGGGCAGCGACCAAACAACGCGUGACGAUGUGUGUGCUCGCGGGCUGGCAGUCGCUCGACAAGUGUACGAGGUGUUGCGUCGGUCCUUCGUGCAUCUUCCCGACCAUCUCAAGCUCGAGGCCAUUCGCGCCUUCGUCAGCUUGAGUGAAUGCAGUAAAGUAAGCGGGCCGAGCGGCCCUUGGUCGCCCAGUGAGAAGGUGCUCAAUGCUGGGCUUGAAACGGCGCCUACAAAACAAGACGAUCUAUUCUCGCAACUCGACCUAUUCUGGUUCAGAAGUUUCCUUGCUUUCCCCGACUCCAUCACGGUUCGGAUGAUCUACAAGCACUUGACAAAGUCCAUAACUUCUGAAUCAGAAUUUUGCUCGAUAAUUACAAAGGAAUUCAUCGAAUACCAUAACAAGAUGGGGAUGUACAACGAAGCGUACCACGCCCUGCCAGUGCUGCAGCGAUUGGGCAUCACCAGGCCUGAGCUCUACCAGCAACUCUUGAGUCCAGCUCCUAAAUCCCGCGCUUCUUAUGCCGUUACUGAUUUUGCGGCAUCGCUGCCUAAAGUGCUCGAGCUAUGUGGAGUCAUUUGCCACCUGAAAGUGCGGCUUUCAGAAAAGUAUUUUGUCCAUCUUCUGGGUUUUCUUCUUGCCACUUCGCGGAAUCACACUCACUACGUGCUAGCCCUCCAGCAAGCGGCUGACACGAUCGUCUAUGCCACGCAGGAGGCGGGGUUCAUCCCUGAAACAUCACUACUGGAGCAGCUUUUCUCGAAGCUCAGUAGCGACUUUCUGCAGCUGGCCACGCUCCAGCAGGUCUUCUUGCGGCUCUCGCCCGAGCUGUUGCUCGCCAAUGCUGCGCUCAUGCCUGCAAUUUUGGCCAGAGUAAAAAAUUUACCCCCACCAGCGUAUCUCGUGUUCAGUGCCCUGAAGGAGCGCCUCAGGCAAAUCGGAGUUGUCAUUCACUUGGAAGAAGAUGACAUUUAUCGAACAGAAGAUUCCUCCAGAAGUGGUAGUUCUGGGUCUUCAAAAAACACGACCAUUGUUGAAAAUAACUGUUCGACGUCUCUAAGAAGUAAGAUAGACAGCAAAAGUGACAUUUGUUCUCAGGUGCACUCUGGCUUUAUUCAGGAUAAGAAAGUGAAAUACGGGAAUGAUUGUCUUGAGGAUAUUAGAUCUGAACUUGCUUGUGAAUAUGAUGAUCAAUAUAAUGCAGCUGACCAUUCUCAGAGACAAAAAUUUUGUGAAAAGCGUGAACAAUUGAAGACGGACAACCCCCGAUACUCGUCCCUCAGUAAUGCCUCGACUGUAAACCCUCGAGUAUCAAAUGUAGUAGUGGCUUCAUUGCAGAGGGUAGAGCCAACAGAUAAUGUGACCCAACAGCGGGUCGAUUUGAUUUCAGUCGAAAAUAAUCCCUCGCUGAUGGAGGGCUUCAAGAUAACCGAUUCUCUUCCAGCUUGGAGGCCACAGAAACGACCACUAAGUUCGCCCUCAAUUCACAGUAAAAAGGCUUACACCAUACAAAGUUACUUCCAGCACCAAGCUUCCAAGCGGAUUCAAAGCAAAUGUAUUGGUCUAGAUAAUUCACAAGAAGAAAAAGAAGGUGCUUCUGAAAAUCUGGAUUCAUCAGUCUCUCCAGAAUCAUUUGUCUUGAAAAUAGAUUCACCUGAGUAUUGUCAUCAUCCAGAGGCCAAAGAGCAAACCCCAAAUAGAGAUAAUGAAAAACGCGCUUCUGAUGUGAACAAAUGUAUUUUUGCUUGCUCAUCUCCAGCCACAUCCUGCAAUUCCACCGCCAUCUCUAAGUUGAACACUUCUUUGUUCGGUUGUGUUUCGCCGGUAGCACCAAGUACUUCAUUUGCGCGUAAUGCAGAGAAAAGCGAUUCUGGAAAAGAUCAUUUCAAUGCAGAUGUUUCCGGAACCAAUUUCACGAAGACGGUUACGAACAACACAGUAACGCGGUCUGCCCUAAAUCCAAUGACAAAGUAA